AUGUCUUUCUUCAUUGCGCCUUCACAGUGGGACGACUUCGAGCAGCUAUUCGACAAGUUAGUCACUGACCGAUACGGUCCCCCAGCAGACGGCUCGAAAGGUGCCUCGGAAUCAAAGGCAGUCACCUCCGGCUCUCACCCGGUCAGCAAAGUCCUUCGGCCCAAAAUGGACGUUGUCGAAACCGACAGUUCGAUCGUGGUGACUGCGGAGCUUCCCGGUGCCAAGAAAGAGGAUAUCUCCAUCGAUCUUCAAAACGGCCGACUUUCUAUCACCGGGCAAACCAAAGCCUCGAGCGAACACUCUGAGGGCAGUGUCAGAAUUUCCGAGAGAUCUUUUGGUUCAUUCAGUCGAGUGAUCGCCGUUCCUCAAGGACUCACUCAUGACCAAGUCAAGGCGGGCUUCAAAGAUGGCGUCCUAGAGGUCUCUAUCCCCAAGUCUGCUCCCAACAAAGAGUCACACAAUAUCCCUAUCUCUUAG